ACUUAUAAUAUCCUUCCGAGUUCUCGUUCCACCGCAGAUUCCAUUCGCUUUGUCAACCGAUCUCUCCAAAGCCCUAGAAAAUGGCAACUCAGAUCAGCAAGAAGAGGAAGUUCGUCGCUGACGGAGUUUUCUUCGCCGAGCUCAACGAGAUUCUGACCAGAGAGCUGGCCGAAGAUGGGUACUCCGGUGUUGAGGUCAGAGUUACUCCAAUGCGUACCGAGAUCAUCAUCAGAGCCACCCGUACCCAAAACGUUCUGGGUGAGAAGGGAAGGAGAAUCAGGGAACUCACAUCCCUUGUUCAGAAGAGAUUCAGAUUCCCUCAGGACAGUGUUGAGCUUUAUGCUGAGAAAGUUAACAACAGAGGUCUCUGUGCCAUCGCUCAGGCUGAGUCUCUCCGCUACAAGCUCUUGGGCGGUCUUGCUGUUCGUAGGGCUUGCUAUGGUGUCUUGAGAUUUGUCAUGGAGAGCGGUGCCAAGGGUUGCGAGGUGAUUGUCAGCGGAAAGCUUAGAGCUCAACGUGCCAAAUCAAUGAAGUUCAAAGACGGAUACAUGAUCUCCUCUGGUCAGCCAUGCAAAGACUACAUUGACUCAGCCGUCAGACAUGUCCUUUUGAGACAGGGUGUUCUCGGUAUCAAGGUCAAGAUUAUGUUGGAUUGGGAUCCGAAGGGGAAGCAUGGUCCGAAGACCCCACUUCCCGACCAGGUCACCAUCCACGCACCCAAGGACGAGGAAGGACCGGCUAACAUUCCGGUGCAGCAGGUUGUUCACCAACCCAUUGCAGUCCCCGUACCAGAGACCGAGAUUCCGGUCGUGGCUUAAGAUGUGGAAUCUCUUCUCUUGCAGUGAUUCUUUUUUGUCCACUCUUAAUGGUUUAGUUUUUUUUUUAUUGUGGUAUUUCACUUCGGAUGGGAUUUUGUGAUAAGCAGGCGACAACAUGUUUUUUUUUUUUGUUACUUUUGAUGUUUGCCCGAUUUCUGUUGUCACUUAGACCCGCUUCUCUCUA